AUGUUCAUCGACCCCGGACUAUUGGAGCCAUUAACCUCAUCGCAAGCAGCUCUUGUAGCUGCCAGAGCCGCUGACUACGGCGUGAUGGGCAAUGGGAUUCCAUGCCAGGUACCGCAUCCCAUACCGACCUCAAAGUCGAGUCCUAUCCGCCAAACCAAGUCAACACGACGAGCAAAGGUGCUGCUCGAAGACAAGGACCCUAUCACCCGAGUUAAGCGCGACAAAACGGGCAUCGUCCAAGGAGCCUUCGUCGCCUUUGGCACGAACCAGCGUAUCCGGUCUGCUCCAGAUGAGAAUGCAAAGGCCCUAACACGCAUGACGCGAGCUCGGGGCGCAUGCCCCCGUUGCCGACAGCUCAAGCACAGAUGCAAUAUGCCCGCAGAUCCAUUGAUGCCCUGCCCAGCGUGCGCUCGGCUAUCAUCACAGAGCAUACUCCAGGCGCCUUGUAUUCGUGUUAACCUUCUCGAACUGAACCUACAUCGCCGGGGGUCGACGCUCAAUGACAACCUCGCUACGUGGAUGGCGCGAAAGGCUAUCCUCGAAGUCCAAGCAUCGAAUGGCUCGAAUGUUGCCAUCACUAAUGGAGUGUUGGUGCCCGUGCGGAAGACCGUCAGCGUGACCCAAGAUCGAGGGAUCGAAUUCCGUGUUAGCAUUUGCAAAUUUGUCCCCGAGAGCAACGACGUCACCUACUGGAAAUGGGAGGAUUCCGAGGGCGUUGAGCGGAAGAUGAAGAUGCCGCCUUAUGCCAUUUGUGAUAUGACAGAGGCGGCUAGAAACAUGCAUUCAGCCAUCAUUGCGGGAAAGGAAGAGUACAUCAACGGCCUUCUCGAUGCUACGAAUCCUAUCUGCCGCCGGACCUUUGAAGAGGCAUUCAAGCACAUCGAGCUCCCGGGAAACACUCUCGUCUCCAAUGCCCUGACCUUUUGGGUCGCUACACGUUUCAUCGAGCAUCCUUGGCGUGUAUGCGAGGGAGAACUCCCUCCCUUUGAGCCCCCAUACGAGACCGGGUGCCCGUACAACGGUAUCGUGCCAGUGACGCCCAUUAUGGAUACCCAAAUCGAUGACAUCGCGCUGCGUGCGUUGGUGAUUCCGCUGGGGCAGCUGGUCCUUCGUGAGCUCGAUCAGAAGAUACGGCAGCGCAAGCGGGAGAACUGGCCAGAUAUCUUCCUGACAACAUUUAUUAUCCUGAACAACUUUGGGUUCAUCUUUAGUGAUGUCAUGGCGUACACAAGUCGGCACGGCCUCAAGACACCGACAAGCAGCGCCCCAUCCCUCAGCAAAGGCUACUACCACGCGUGCAAAACGAUGCUGGUGUACUUCCACUUUGCAUGCUCCGGCUCCGCGCCUCUGUCCCUUGAGUUCGCAACUCCACAUGCUCCACACCACCUGCUUUCCUUGAGUCAAAAAGCGUACAUCCGAGAAAUGAAAGAAGAGCUACGGAGGCAGGGUAAACAUAUAACGGGAUGGAAGUCAGAGUCCAUGUAUUCGGCACCCAUGUACUGGUGCCUACAGAUGCUGGACAGGGACUGGAAGCCGGAUGUCGAGCAUCCCGAGCCGAUUGAUGAGUUUACUGAGGAGGACUUUAUGACGUCGUAG